AUGAACUUCUGUUUCUUUGAAACGGUAACUUAUAUCACAGUCUAUGCUGUGUUCGUUGCAUGUAUAUGUUUGACGAAAUCAGAGUUGUGUGCCAAUUGGAUAAAUCGUGUCUCUAAUGAUGGAGAAAUUUUCAAGGUGAUAAAACCGUGUGGAUAUAUUCAAUGUAUAAAGGAGUGUAAACGUUCUGCAGACUGUGCUGAAGUAACCUUUGACAGGGAUCAGUUAAACUGUGGUCUUGUGAGAAAAUCAACAGCAACUUCCUUUCCGGUAGAUUUAUCGACACGCCUUGGACCAUGUGCUACUAAGAAAUGUUCAGUGAACGAAAGAUGUGUUUCAAUGACAGACGGAUCUGGUCUUUGUAUUAAUGCAUUGACAUGUGAAGGAAUAUAUACCCAAGGCAGAUGCUUCUUCGAAGGAAGUACAUCGACUUGGUUCGAAGGGCGGGAUAAAUGUCAGGAGCUGGAUGGAAGUUUGGCAACGAUUGACUCAAACACUAUGAACUAUUUUAUACUGAGGGUAACAUCAGCUGGAGUGUUUUGGGUCGGCGGAAACGACUUGGAUACCGAGGGCACGUGGACCUGGAUAGCGAACGGUCAGCCAGUUGAUCUCACCUCCUGGUGGUACCAAGGUCAACCUCAGGCUAGUUCCGACGAUGCCGACUGCUUGGGGGUGCAGAGUUCCGGCGUUUGGAGAGACGUGUCAUGUUCACUUGCGGCGCCUUUUAUCUGUCAGACAUACCUUACACAAUAA